GAUAAUGUUUACAUUUGUUGACGGCUGACGGUUCCCUAUAAUAUGUCGUGUUAUGGCAGCUGACUGACCCCGAUUCAAGGGUCAAGAUGGACUUUUCCAUGUGGACGUCGUUAUUUUAAGUGGAAAUUGACAGGACAAUCGCCGGUGUACCGUAACUAAGGCCAGUUGAUGUGAAAAUACGAUAGAAUACCAGGCUAUCAAUUGUUGGUUUACGAACGAGAACACAGUUCAACAACCCCCUUUAGUCGUUAGUUCAAAUUAAGAUCCAGGCCAGAGAAGUGAAUAAUCAGGAUUCAGUCAUCAAAAUCACAGUUAAAGUAAUCCAACUACAAAUAACGAGGGCUAAAGCAUCAGUGCAAUAUAAAAGAUGGGUAUAGGACUGCUUUGAUUUGGAGAAAAUCAUCUUUUAAUACUCUUUGAAAUGCAAACAAAUGUAAGUUAUAUUCCAGUUCCUGUAGUAGUCGUUGUUUACAAAAACCAUGAACCAGUAUGGCAGACGUCUGCAAAAUAGAACACUCAUAUUUGAAAAAAGAAGAAAACAAAGCAUAGUAAAAUUAAAUAUACAUCAUUAAUAGUGCAUUGAUUUAGAUAUAAUAAAAAGUUUUUGCAUUAUGAAUUGAAUAUGUGCAUUUGUGCUGAUUAAUAUUCUUUUUCAUUCUGAAAGAGGUCUUGAUUUUUAUGAAUGUAACCUGAAGUGUACUUUUUUUAGAUUAUGGCAAUUGAAGGUUUGAUAUCACCAAAGAAGUUCACAAAAAAUGUAGAAAUAUUAUAAAGAAAAAUCAUUUUUAGUGAGUUUUGCUUGUGACUGAGAUGUUCUGAAUGACAUGCAAGAGAGAUACAAGUGUAUUUGAUGUUCCAGUAGUAAUUGGAAAGUGAAUUAGCAAGCAGCGGUUUUUGAAUCAUUAGUGAUUUUCUUUGACAGAUUAUUUUAUAAAAGUAGAUCUGGAAACCUUCGUUUUGUAUCUUGAGAAAUUUCUCUUUCUUAAUAUCACAUAAUGAAAUACUGAUUGUCAUAAUUUUGAGGCAAGAAACUGUCUUGAGAAAAUUUAUGGAAGCAUUCUAGUAUGGCUUUCUCACAGAAAGAUGUUAUAUGUUCUUCCAAAGAAAAUGAAGAAGAAUAUGCAUAUAGUCAUGAUCUUGACAUGCAAGUAGAAACUGAUACCGAAGGUCAGAGCUGUAUGAAUAAAACAUAUGAUGAGCAAAUUAUUGAGUGUUCCUCUGAAGAACAGAAUUGUAAAGUAAACUGUGCAGCUUAUGAGAAAAUGGUAACUCUUACUAAUAAGGAAAAGUUUAUCUGCAAUGAGUGUGGAAAGAGGUUUGUGUUUAAAGGGAAACUCACCGAGCAUAUGAGAAUUCACACAGGAGAGAAACCUUUUAUUUGUACAGUGUGUGGAAAAGCCUUCAAACAGAAAGUGCAUCUUGAAAAACAUGGCAUCACUCAUACAACUGGAAAACCGCAUGACUGUCAGGAUUGCGGAAAGAAAUUCAGUCGGGUAGAAACACUAAAACGCCACAAGAGGUCUCAUCACGGAGAUAAGUUAUUUGUUUGCACAGAUUGCGGAGAAAAUUUUACUCAAAAAGGCCUUUUUGAAGUUCAUGUGAAAAUUCACACAAAUGAUGAACUAAUUAUUGAUACUGAAUGUGAAAAUGGUUUAAUUCAGAAAGCUGGUAUUAAGAAGUACUAUAACACAAAUAAAACUAAAGGUAAACUAUACCCUUGUCUUGGUGACGAAAAAGCUCUUAUCCAAAGUAAACACACCAUUAAAUGUAAAAGAAUCUGCUCUAAAGAUAGGCCACACAUUUGUUCCACUUGUGGGAAAAGAUUUAUCCACAAAGGCCACCUUAGUAAACAUGAAAAAGCUCACCUUGAUGGAAUGCCAUCCUCACACAAAAGAUCAAAAAAAAAAUUUGGCGAACAACCUGUUACUGAUGUAGCUUUGCUUAGGCAGGAAGAAAUUUUCUUCAGUGAGGAUACUAAAAUAAUGAAAAACCAAAGAAAUAACUUUGGAAUGUCAGUGGUAGUAGAAGGUGAAAAUUUUCACCCUUCCAUUGAGCACGAAACAGAAUAUGAGGAGAAGGAUCCACUUAAAUUGAACCAUGAAAAUUGGACUACUCCAGCUGAGUCUCAAGUAAUGCAUCCUUUGCUUGACAAAAUAUUUUUGUGUAAAGAAUGUGGGAGAAUAUUCAGUGAUAAAGAACACCUGACUCAGCAUGUGGAUACUCAUGCUUUUGAGAAACCAUUUGUUUGUAAAGAAUGUGGAGAGAUAUUUACUCAAACUCAGGCAUUGGAAUUGCAUAUGAGAACACAUACAGGGGACAAAUUGUUUAUUUGUGCCGAGUGCAGAAAAGGAUUCUCUCAAAGAGAGCAUCUUGAAAUUCACAUGAAAAUUCACACAAACGACCAGCCAUUUAUGUGUGAAAUUUGUGGAGAGGGUUACAUUGAGGAAGCCGACUGGAAAAUGCACAUGAAAACUCAUACUGGUGAUAAAGCUUACACUUGUUUAGAAUGUGGGAAAGGUUUUACCCGAAAAGAUACUUUUAUUCUGCAUAAAUCAAUACAUACAGGACAGAGGCCAUUUGAAUGCGAUACCUGUGGUAAAGUCUUUAAACACAAGGGAAGUUUAAUAAACCAUGAAAGGACUCACCCAGGAAACAAAGUAUUUAUUGAUGGUCAUUUUGAAGAGGAACGCAUUGAAGUUGAGUUAACUGACAUAAAUGUGUUUAACAACAAAAAUUAUGUCGACAAGAAGCUCAGUGUAACGAAAAGCUCCAAUUGCAUUCUUCCAAUGGAGAAAAACAUUUGGCUUCCACCAAAGGAGUGUGACAGGGAAUUUGGAGAAAAUAAUACUAACAAAUUGCCUCUGGAAAAAUGUGCCAAGUCUGCAGAGCCAGGGACUCCCAUUUGUGACAAACCAUUUAUUUGCAACAUAUGUGGAAAGGUAUGUGGUCAGAGAGAUCAAUUUGAUAAGCACAUUAGUUCUCACAAUGUCCGAAGACCAUUCGAGUGCGAGGAAUGCGGAAAAAAGUUUGCUCACAGUGGCACUUUGAAUUUGCAUAAAAGAACUCACACCGGAAGGAAGUUAUUCGUUUGCUCAGAAUGUGGAAAAACAUUUACCCAGAAAGGACAUUUUAGAGUUCACAUGAGAAUCCAUACAGGAGACAGACCGUUUCCUUGUGAAGUCUGUGGUCGAGCAUACAGCCAGAAGAAUGACCUCGAUGUACACAUGAGAAUUCAUACUGGUGAAAGGCCUUACACCUGCACAGUGUGUGGAAAGAGUUUUGGUCGGAAAGAUAUUCUUGGUAAACAUAAAAGGACUCACACAGGUGAUAAACCCUUCACCUGUCAUUAUUGUGGUAAGAGUUUUAGACAGAAGGGUCACCUGGAUAAGCAUACAAGGACUCAUUUAAGAGGUAAUAUGGUUAUGAGUGAUUUGUAUAGAGUAAGACAAACUAAUAUUACUGAUAAGAGUUUAGAAAAGAACUCGAGAGACACUUUGGUACGUGGCGAGACGAAAACAGUGAAAAGUCCAGAGAGUAGCCUUGAAGUUAUUGAAAAGGUAGAGGAAGAAGUGAUAUUUGGUGGUGAAUUUAGUUAAGAAUAUUGCAAGAAACUAUGUUGUGCAGCUUGAAAAAAUAUGGUUAUAAUUAAAAUUUAUGUGAAACUUGAUCCAUUAGAAAAUUUGGUGAAUUGGGAAAGCAUUAGGUAAUGAGAAGAAUAUGAUUUCUUUGGUUUAUGAAAAUUUAUAUUAUUUCAUUAUUAGUAGUGAAUAAUUGUUCAUAGAAUCUGUUCUGUUGUUAUUGUUUUAUUUUGUAUUUUUUGGAUCAAAAGGUCAGCAUUUAGACUUUGCUAAAUCUGCCAAUGCUGACAAAAAAAAAUGGUUGCAAUUUUCUAAAAGUACCUGAUCAGGACUCUGGAAUAACUGUGCUCCGCUUACCAUCUGGUCUCUGGAUAGACACUUCUUUUCCGGAUACCUGUUGCGCUGCUUAUUUAGUAGUAUCUCCAAAGGUUUUCUUUGUUCCCAAUGUGAUUCCUGAUCUUAGCAUCAUUUUCCUUUUGAUAUUUUUGUUUUUGUUUCUAGUAGCCUUUGUUUCCUAUGAUUUGGCGAGACUCCUGAAUGUGCUUGCUUUAUUUAACUCAUAAGGCACAAUAGGCUGUUUUCUUUCUCCUUUUAAAUCUUCAGCUGAAAACCCUCAUGGGCUAAAGGUAACAUGCUUGCUUGCCUCAUGAUAUUUUAGCCGUAUGGGCAUCUUUCAAUGUCUAUGAAUGGCACGAUUGCCAUACCUUCUUGAAUAUUUAGGACAUUUACUUUUCCUUCUAAAAUCAUUGCAAGUUUCUAAAUAAAGGCAGUCCUCGGCUUACAACGUUCCGAGGUUACAGCGCUUUUCAAUUAUAUUUAUCAGAAAUUAUUUCCAGGUUCAUGACGCACGUUCCAGGGUUACGGCGCUUACAACGCUGAUCUGGCAGAAGAAAUAUGACUCCAAAAAUGCAAAAUAAUCAUUGUUUGAAAGUUUUUUUUAUGAAAAAUGCAAUAAGAAUACAGUUUACAUAGUUUUUAAUGCACCCAAAGCAUUAAAAGUAAGGUUUUCUUAGGAUUUUUGAUGAUGUUAUGGCUUACGACGAUUUUCAGCUUACAACAUGUUUCAAGAACGGAACCCCCGUCGUAACCCGGGGACUGCCUGUAACCAUAUUAUAUUGGUUAUUGACAGCUUAACAUUAUUUGACAUACGUAUACUACUUUAAAGUUCUGUUCUUUUGCAUGUUCUUUAUCCCCCCCAGAAUAUUUGCCAUUCUUUUGUCUAUCUCCAGUAAUUAUAUUCUCGCCCCAUCCUAUUUUGUUCUUACUGAAUUUUAAAUUUCCUUUUCCUCAUGUGUUAACUGUUUACGUCUUUUGAUUAUUAUCUAAGUGGUGAUCUAAAAACCCCAUUGAGUUGGAUAACUUCUGCUUAUUUUCCUAUCUCUUUUCUCCUACUUCCAUAAAUAUCCACACUUCUUAAGAGAUGUCAUGAUUAAAAUGUCAAAAUUUGUUUCAAGAAAAAAAAAGGCUCUUUACAUAGAAGACAUCAGUUCUUUCUUUCUUUAUUCCAGGUAUUAAAGUUGUUCAUUUUUGUCUUCCAUAUGCAGUUGGAUCACCACCUGUGACCUUUGUGGUUGCCAUACCAGAUAAUUUGUAAUCGAUAAAUCUUUCUUGCUCAAGGAAGGAAAAUUCGUACUUGAUAAGCUGGUAGAUGAUGGCACAUAGAGCACAGGCUGUCCAAAGUGCUGAUGUUGGCAUGUUUGGAAAGUUGCAUCAGCCGAUUAUUAAUCAUUGUGUUUUGGAUUCAAUAGUAAAAUCCUCAGAGUCAACUAGUUCCUUCCAUCGGAAAUUUCCUGUUUCACCCAAAACCUAUUACUUGACAUUAGCUUAAUCAGUGGUUCUAGUCGAUCUCCAGAUAUGUCCUUGAUAACAAAGAAUCUCCCCUUUAUAUACACCUGCCUGAAUAUGCAUCCUUGUCCCUGAGCACCACCUAAUAGUGGAACUGACCAUUCUGCUUGUCUGUUGUAUAAACAACACUUGCAGUUCUGUUUCAAAAGAUUCUUAGCUUAAAAUUAUAUUAGAAUCAUUCAUGAAAUCAUCACAACCCUUAAACCUUUGCUAAGUUUACAAUUUCAUAAAAACUUGGUGGUGGUAUUUGGCCUUAUUAUCACCCUUUUUGCCCUACUAUUUGUCUGUGUGUACACUUGACUGGCCAAAAUGCUUUCCUUAGUGUCAGUACCUAUCAGCAACACUCUUUAAUUAUGGUGCACUUCAUUGAAUGGCUGGAAUUGAAGAUGAAAAUGCAUCAGGAGGAUCAGUUACUGGAAGGACUACUGGACUUAAUGAGCCCCCUCUUUUGCAGUAGCCAAACAAGCUGAAACAGCUGCAGACCCAGCAGAAGAGGAAGGUGCAGGAGACAGCUCCUUCUAUACCAGGUUGAUCAGGAAUGCUGCAGAAGACAGUUUAUCUAAGAUGUUGAAAGUAGGCCAAAUCUUCCGCAGGAACUCUAGAGGUAUCAUCUUGGUGUCUAGAACAUGAAGAUCUGAUGAGGCUAAGGACAAGACAGUUGUAGAUAGUGCACCACCACCAAUAGCUUCUUAAUCCAAAUAAAUAAAUCUCGUAUUCAUCUGGAGAAGAGAGUGAGCAAAUCUCAUCUACUCUUCACAGCUGCUGACAAAAGGAGAGAGGUAUUCCCCCACUCAUCCUUCAUAACCACUAGUUAAUGACUCUGUUGCCAAGUUCAAAGACUAAGUUUGACCCACAUACAUAUUGAGAUAGUUGCAGAGGAGGAGGACUUUUCUGGGAUAUUCUGGAGGUGGCUGUUACCACAGAUUAAGCAGACUUGAGGUUAAUGGGUAUGUACGUGAAAAAGACUAUUUUUAAAAUAAUAUUUUUGGUACUGAGAACUUUCAUUUAUAUCACACGUGGCUUAAACUGUUUAUCCGUAGUUGUGUGGAUCAACAGUGCAAAGUUUCCAGAAUGAACCAUUUCCUCAGAUACCAUAGGAUCUUUUUAUAGGAAGAAAACUACUUGUAUGCAACAUGUGCAAUCAUAAAGUGCAAUACUACUAACAAAUCUUAUGUUAAGUCAUUCGAAUAAAAUAAUAAUGAGUUUUAGACAUAUAAUAGAUUUAUUAAAAAUUCCUCAUAGUAGCACGAGUCUUCAAAUGGAGAAACAAAUCCACAGUUAUGUAAAUGUACAUAUAUUUAAGUUUAAAACAGAAAGGAUAGCUUUCGGGAAUCUGUACGGUUCCCCUUAUCAAUCUCUAAGGGGAACCGUACAGAUUCCCGAAAGCUAUCCUUUCUGUUUUAAACUUAAAUAUAUGUACAUUUACAUAACUGUGGAUUUGUUUCUCCAUAGAUUUAUUAUUAAACAAGUAUAGUGUAACAAAACAACAGGAGGUUAUGUCUUUUGUACUGCACCUUGAUGUAUUUCUUUUAUAAGUGUAUGAAUGGGAUGUGUUAAUGGUAGUUAAUAUGUACAGUAUUUGUAUCUACUGUAAACAGUAUUAAAUGGGAUCUUGGAGCAAAUUUUCCCAUAGCCACUUCAUUUACUUUUUAGUUUUCCAAGUUUUUACUUGUAGAUAUAUUACAUAUUCUAAUAAAAGGGAAUUUCAAA